GUCCAGACCUGCGCGCCCGCGUUUGAAUACCGGCUUGAGCCGGUAAAGAGCUGCCAAAGCAGGCAGGAAAUCAUCCGCUGAAGACAAAAGAUGCAGCUCCCUGAGCCUGGACGCCUUUGUGUCUAAGCCGGACCACUUUCAUUCUUCACAUAUUGUUUGCAAUACGUAGAUAUUACAGUCUGAGAAAGGUUCCGCCCAGUGUUCGUCCAGACAGCCCCGAACCGCACAGAUCCACUAUAAUGAUCAUGAGAUAGGAGAACUUUGCUCCAUCACACGGCUGUCCUCCCUCACCGCUCUGGAGGUGACUUGGUUUAGCAAUGAAGAUACCCAAUGUCCAAAGUUGUCUGGGUCCAAACAUUUACCCAGAGGUCCCCGAUGGUGGUUGGGGCUGGGUUGUGGCUCUGGCUUUUUUCCUAGUGGAGGUCUGCACCUAUGGGGUCAUCAAGAGCCUGGGUGUCUUCCUCCAGGAUCUGAUGGAAGAGUUUGGGGAGAGCAACAGUCGUGUGUCGUGGGUCAUUUCCAUCUGUGUCUUCGUUUUCGCCUUCUCUGCUCCGCUGUCGACAAUGCUGAGCAACCGCUUUGGCUAUCGACCUGUGGUCAUGACGGGAGGCUUCCUUAUUAGCCUGGGAACUAUCACCUCUGCCUUUACCAGCUCCGUCACUGAGAUGUACAUUACCACUGGGAUUGUAGCAGGCCUUGGCUACUGCCUCAGCUUCCUCCCCACUAUCACCAUCCUAGCCCAGUACUUUUCUGGACGGCGAGCGCUCGUCACCUCGAUGGCUUCUUCAGGAGAAUCUGUUGCUAUGUUUGUAUUUGCCCCAGCUUUCACUACACUGAAGGAGCAUAUUGGCUGGCGCUUCUGUCUAGUUAUUCUAGGUAUAAUUCAAGCAUCUGUGAUUGGCUGUGGGGUUCUCCUUCGUCCAAUCGUCAUCGAGGAAGAACCUUUAAAGAAACAUGAUGACGAGACGCUCUCCAUGAAAGAGAUGCAGGCUGUUUACGAGCUGGAAAAUGAACAAACCAGAACCUCCAUCAGUUCGGACAUCUCCCAAGGUUCACAGGACUCUGGUGUCACCUCCCUGUCUGCCUCAAAUGUAGACCUGAGAAAUGCAGAAGGAGAAACCAAAGCUCUGAUGGAGUGGAAGGACAAAGUGCCGGACAAAGACGGUGAGGACAUAUCACUGUCCAUGCCUUCUGCUCAAGUCAGUGAGGACAAGGGGGAACUGGCAGAGCUAGAUAGGGGCCCUGUAAGUUCCACAGGUUCCAAACUUCUGGACUUCUCAGUCCUUAAAGACCCUGGCUUCAUCUGUUACUCCCUUUUCGGUCUAUUCGCCACUCUUGGCUUCUUUGCGCCACAGCUCUACAUCAUUGAACUGAGCAAAAGCAGGGGUGUGGAAUCCACCAUGGCCUCCUAUAUGCUGUCUGUGAUGGCUGUGGCUGACAUCUUCGGCCGCUUGCUCAUCGGAGUGGUGCUAAACAAAGUCCGAUUCAGAAAGACCUUGGUGUUGUUGGGGUGUGUGGUUCUGAUGAGCUUGGUUCUGGUGGCCUUCACUAUCGUGUGGGAGUUCUGGGGUUUGGCAAUAUGCUCCGGCUUCUUUGGCUUCAUCAUGGGCACUGUGGGCUCCACGCACAUUCCCAUGCUGGCUGAAGAAGAUGUCGUGGGCAUCGAGAAGAUGCCGUCAUCUGUGGGAGUGUAUGUUUUCAUUCAGAGCUUUGCUGCACUUGCUGGACCACCGUUGGGAGGUAUGCUGGUGGACAUCACUGACAACUAUGGUGCUGCUUUCUACUCCUGUGCAGCAGGCACAGGUCUUAGUGCCAUCUGUCUGGCUCUGGUUGGCCCUGCCAAGUCUAGAACGUGCCAAAGAGGGAGCAGAGUCCAAGAGAAUGCAGAAGAGGUGAAAAUAUCUCAGAAUAGUGACCAAGCCGACUUUUUGGAGGUGGACUUGGCCCCAGAAGACAGUCCAGUUGGACAGGGUGAGGAUCAGGACAGCUGCGUUAUUUGAGUCCAACCACAGCGUGGCAUCACAAUGGACAGAAGUGUCAACCAAACAAGUGCAGAUGUACUGCAGGAGGCGUCAUUGCCACAAACACCAGUGACGGCUGGAAAAUCUCAGGUGUCGCAUUUCCACUUUUCAGCAAACUUGAAAUUCACUUCUUCCAGUGAAGAAAACAAUCUUACAUGAGACCAAUGAAACAUCCGUGAGCACAUGUCCACACUUUUCUGUCUGUUUAGGGUAAAACCUUUCUUUUGCAAUGUGUGAAUUGUAUAGAGAACUGCUAUCAUGAUGUAACUCCGGGUUUAGCCUCUGUUCUGUGAGCUUUAGCAAUGCAACCAUCCAGCAACGUUUCAUGAAAAGAGAGCGCAUCGACUCUUAACACUUCAAGAAACCUUCAUGUUGAUCACUUUGUGAAUAUAGUAGAAACUACAGGUUCCAUUUGGUAAAACCAGCCUGGGUACAUCUUUGUAGCUGUGUCCCAAAACCUAUGUCGCAUCCUUCGGAGGCCGCAUUUGAAGGCUGAAUAUGUCCAAAUGCAGCCGGAAAUGGGACCUUCAUUUCCCCGGAUUUGAAGGGCGUCUCCUUCAUGCCCCAACCUAUCCCAGAAUUCAUAGCCCAGCCAAUUCCAGUUUUCAACAAUGGC